AUGUUUCCAACUUUACGAAGCAUAUCAAAAUUAUUGAUAAAGCAAAAGCCUCUCUUUGUAAAUAAUAAUUGGCGUACCAUGAGUUCGCCUUUUCCAACUAAGGCAGAAUCAGAUGAAUGCCCAUGUUUUGAGAAAGAAACAAAUGAUGAGUGUGAAUUAGAUGGCAUAGGAAAUGUAUGUAAAAGUGGUAAAGUUAUUGCAGUCAUUGGACCUGUUGUUGAUGUUAAAUUUGAAGAAAAUAAUUUACCAAAUAUAUUGAACGCUUUGGAAAUUAAUCGAAAUGGGGAACGUUUGGUACUUGAAGUACAUCAACAUGUUGGAAAUAAUAUUGUGCGUUGUAUUGCAAUGGAUGGAACUGAAGGAUUAGUACGUGGCAUGAAUGUUAUAGAUACCGGAUAUCCAAUUCGUAUACCAGUUGGAACAGCGACACUUGGGCGUAUAAUGAAUGUUAUUGGAGAGCCUAUCGAUGAUCGUGGUCCAAUUCAUUCCAAAUACCAUUCUUUUAUAUAUAAUGAUGCUCCAAGUUUAACGGAAAUGAAUGUUAAAACUGUCAUGCUAACAACUGGUAUAAAAGUAAUUGAUUUAGUGGCUCCAUAUAUGAAAGGUGGAAAAAUUGGAUUAUUUGGAGGAGCUGGAGUUGGAAAAACUGUAUUAAUAAUGGAAUUAAUUAAUAAUGUAGCAAAAGGUCAUGGUGGAUUCUCGGUGUUUGUUGGAGCGGGUGAAAGGACAAGGGAAGGUCAUGAUUUAUAUCACGAAAUGAUAGAAUCAGGUGUAAUUUCUACAACGGACGAUAGUUCAAAGGUUUCAUUAGUUUAUGGACAAAUGAAUGAACCACCAGGUGCAAGAUCUCGAGUAGUCUUAACUGGUUUAGCAGUUGCUGAAUUUUUUCGAGAUAUUGAAGGUCAAGAUGUUUUACUUUUUAUCGAUAAUAUUUUUCGAUUCACCCAAGCUGGCUCAGAAAUUUCUGCAUUAUUAGGCAGAAUACCUUCAGCUGUUGGUUAUCAACCAACAUUAGCUACUGAUAUGGGGCAAAUGCAAGAAAGAAUAGCUACAACUUCUAGAGGAUCUAUUACAUCUGUUCAAGCAGUAUACGUACCAGCUGAUGAUUUGACAGAUCCUGCACCUGUAUCAACAUUUGCCCAUUUAGAUGCAACAACAGUUUUAAGUAGAUCUAUAGCUGAAUUAGGUAUUUAUCCAGCUGUAGAUCCUCUUGAUUCUACAUCGAGAAUAUUAAAUGCUUCAAUAGUUGGUCAAGAACAUUAUGACGUGGCAAAUGGUGUUCAACGUAUACUUCAACAAUAUAAAUCAUUGCAAGAUAUUAUUGCUAUUUUAGGUAUGGAUGAAUUAAGUGAAGAUGAUAAGUUAACGGUAGCAAGAGCACGUAAAGUACAACGAUUUUUAUCGCAACCAUUUUCAGUAGCAGAAAUUUUUACUGGAUAUGCAGGGAAAUUGGUACCACUUGAAGAAACAAUAAUUGGAUUUAAAAAAAUUAUAAAUGGAGAAUUAGACGAUAUACCUGAAACUGCUUUUUAUAUGGUUGGUUCAAUUGAUGAAGUUUAUGAAAAAGCCGAAGAAUUAAUUAAAAAAAUGGAAUAG